AACCCAGAUAUGCUGAAGUUGCAUUUCCCACUUGGAUAACGAACCUCGUACGUUAGACUCCUUUUGGAAUAUUUCAUUCGAGAUAAGACCUCUUAUCAGCAAACUAUCGAGGGCAAUAUUAGAGACUAAACAAGGAAAAGAAACGAAGUAUUAGGUCUUCUUCUUAAUAGCAAUGAACCGAUCGAUCAAGUCGCAUUGGAAGGCAGGACUUCUGAUUCUGUUCUUGGUGGCUGCUGGCCUUGUUGUGGCAUUUGAAUUGAUAUCACCGCACAAAAAAUCUCUCGAAAAUAAAGAUGCAUCAACGCCAGCGACAAGUUUUAACUGCCGCCAGAAGCCAUUUUGUGACGGAAAUGCCACUUGCAAAUCAAAUCCAAAAGAUAAGACGCAUUUCAAUUGCGUUUGUAAUAAUGGCUUCCAUGGAGAUGGAUUUUCGUGCGAGGACGUUGAUGAAUGUGAAAGGAAUACUGCCACAUGCAGUCAACAUGCACUUUGUAUAAAUUCCAUCGGCUCGUACGAUUGCCACUGUUUGCCAGGAUUCCACGGCAAUGGUCUCUCUUGCGAGGAUAUCGAUGAAUGUCUGAGCGAAAUACACAGCUGUAGCGACCAUGCAGUGUGUGAAAACAUUGUAGGCUCCUACAAGUGCCAUUGUUUCGAUGGAUUUGAUGGCAACGGACGGUCUUGUUACGACAUUCAUGAAUGCAAUACGAACACUCACAAUUGCAGUAUUCAUGCAUUCUGCAAUAACACUCAGGGCUCCCACACGUGUAGCUGUUUGGAAGGAUUCCAAGGCGAUGGAAGGGCUUGUCAUGACAUCGACGAAUGCAAGAUUAACACGCACGAUUGUAGUGUUCAUGCAUCCUGCAAUAACACUAUAGGCUCCUACAAUUGUAGUUGUCUGGAAGGAUUCCAAGGCGAUGGACGGUCUUGUCAUGACAUCGACGAAUGCAAGAUUAACACCCACGAUUGCAGUACUCAUGCAUCCUGCAAUAACACUCAAGGCUCCCACACGUGCAGCUGUUUGGAAGGAUUCCAAGGCGAUGGACAGUCUUGUCAUGAUAUCGACGAAUGCAAGAUUAACCCGCACGACUGCAGUGAUCAUGCAUCCUGCAAUAACACCAUAGGCACCUACAGUUGUAGUUGUCUGGAAGGAUUCCAAGGCGAUGGACGGUCUUGCAAUGACAUCGACGAAUGCAAGAUUAACAAACACGACUGUAGCAUUCAUGCAUCCUGCAAUAACACCAUAGGCUCCUACAAGUGUAGUUGUCUGGAAGGAUUCCAAGGCGAUGGACGGUCUUGUCAUGACAUCGACGAAUGCAAGACUAACACAAACGAUUGUAGCAUACAUGCAUCCUGCAAUAACACCAUAGGCUCCUACAAGUGCAGUUGUCUGGAAGGGUUCCAAGGCGAUGGACGGUCUUGUCAUGACAUCGACGAAUGCAAGACUAACACGCAUGAUUGUAGUGUUUAUGCAUCCUGUAAUAACACCGUAGGCUCCUACAAGUGUAGUUGUCUGGAAGGAUUCCAAGGCGAUGGACGGUCUUGUCAUGACAUCGACGAAUGCAAGAAUAACACACACGAUUGCAGUGUACAUGCAUCCUGCAAUAACACCUUAGGCUCCUACAAGUGCAGUUGUCUGGAAGGAUUCCAAGGCGAUGGACGGUCUUGUCAUGACAUUGACGAAUGCAAGACUAAUGCGCACGAUUGUAGUGUUUAUGCAUCCUGCGAUAACACACUAGGCUCCUACAAUUGCAGUUGUUUGGGAGGAUUCCAAGGCGAUGGACGGUCUUGUCAUGACGUCGACGAAUGCAAGACUAACACGCACGAUUGUAGCAUUUAUGCAUUCUGUAAUAACACUGUCGGCUCCUACAAGUGCACUUGUCGUCCGGGAUUCUCAGGAGACGGACUUUUAUGUCAUGACAUUGAUGAAUGUGGCGAUGGAACUCACAAGUGUGAUAGGGAUGCAGAAUGUAAAAACAUUAUGGGCUCUCAUCAAUGUAUGUGUCGUUCUGGGUUUUCCGGCAAUGGUUAUGUGUGUCAAGAUCUUGACGAAUGCAGCGAUGGAAGUCAUCUUUGCAGCCCGUACGCCAGAUGUGUAAACAUCGCGGGCUCACACAAUUGCAUAUGCAACAAAGGGUAUCGUGGAAAUGGACGAUCUUGUAAUGAUAUCAACGAGUGUAAGGAUGGGACAGCUCAAUGCAGCUCGAAAGCAAGUUGCACGAACACCCCUGGUUCUUUCAGCUGUAAGUGCACUGUGGGAUACCAAGGCGACGGACAAAAUUGCCACGAUGAAGACGAGUGCAGUAAUAGUCGGCCUUGUGACUGGAAUGCAAAUUGCAGAAACACCGAUGGCUCUUAUACAUGCACUUGCAAUUCCGGCUUCCUUAGUAAUGGUUUCUCGUGUUACGAUGUGGAUGAGUGCAAAGAGGGUAUCCACGAUUGUCACGCAAAAGCCAACUGCAUGAAUACCAGGGGAUCAUACAGUUGUUCCUGCAACAAAGGAUAUCGCGGAAAUGGCAGGCAGUGUAAGGCUUCUUCUGCUGGACGGCCCUACCCACUCAUCGGAAUUUUUCUAUAUGGCACUAUUAUUGCUUUUAUGUCUCACUUGCUUUGUUCGUAGAGGAAAAAUUCAAAAACUUUGACUUGAAAUGUCUCAAGGCAGAUGACCCUGAUGUUAGCUGUAUUGUUCUUGCACAGUUUGAUCGACAUUGAUGUAUGGCAGCUACCUUUAUGGUUUCCUUGAACACCAUAACUGGCUCUCUUACUGGGUCUAGUUCGUAAAUAUAUGUAUGCGAGGCCUUUAUAAUUUUCAACAUCAAAUCCAACGAUGUAUCCUUAGAAAGGUUUCAAAUCAAUCCCACUGCUGUGAGAUGCAGGACCUGAAGCCAACUGCAUUGAGAGUAGCUUGUGACCUUUUACAUCUGGACUACUUCCAUUACUUAGAGGUAAUUUUUUCUAGCUCUUGGAUGAGAUGCUGGUCUAUCGCAGCACGUUUACGAACUAUACUGUUUUCCUGACAGCUUAACGGUACCCAAUUGGCCUCCUCGGCGGCGAGAGAGUAAAGCUUCUUGUCUAAUCUAAUUUUUAGGACAAUAAUUCAUCAUAUCCUCACAAACUGGGAAAUGAUAAGGUAACGUGAAAGAGGAGAAUACAGGCCGUAACAACGUUUCAGGCGUGAUAAAAUCAAAUUCAAUUCAAAAUAACGAUUUAUCAGAUUUUCUGCGAUCGACUAGCAUCCCAUCGGGGGGGGAGGGAGAAUUACUCCUAGCAGCUUCAUGCUUCGGAAACCGGAGUCAAGCGCCGCCCCGCUGGGCCAUAUAGCUCGUAAGUAGGCUUUUUUACCUUUUAGCAAUGUUCAUUACUGCGAAGAUUGCCUUUAUGCUCGUUCUUCAGCCGCAGUUCAAAUAUAUGACUUUCAUAUAUUCACAAACGAGAAUAUAUCAAUCUUAAACUUAUAAAUAAACAAAUAAAAAAGGAACAAUAAAAAUAGAUCAAAUAUAAACAAAAUACAUACAAAACCCAACCUUGCCCUAUCUCUGAAUAACUUCCC